UGAGGCUGAGAAUUUGUGUUCCGUGAGCUUCUAUCGAAGGAAGCCUCACCUUCUUCCUCUAUUCAAUUCCACCAUCGUUUCAUAAUCAUCCAUUUUAAUGGCUUCUUCAUGUUUAUUUCACAAUUUUCCUUCAAUUUCUGCACACCCUUUAACUCGCCAUAGAAAUACACCCAUUUCCCUCCAUUCCCAGUUCCUCCCUUCGAAUUCCUUAAAACUCAAAAAACAAUCUUUCCUCUUAAAUCCAAAAAUUGGGAAGCUAAGAACUCGAGGGUCUCCUUCUUUCACUCUUGUGUAUGCUGCUCAGAACAAUUUCUUGAGAGUAUUUCAGACAGUUUGGAAGGUCGGGAAGGAUGGAAUUGAGGCAGGGACAGACCUAUUACCGGACUCUGUACCAAGACCAAUUGCAAGGAUAUCUGUUGGAAUGGUUGCAUUAACAAUUGGACUCUUUUUGUUCAAGUCAAUCUUGUCUACAGCCUUAUUUGUGCUGGCUAUGAUGGGAGCAAUUUAUUUCAUAUUUAUAGCGUUGAAUAAAGAUGAAGGCCCAAGAGGAGAUGGAGGCUCCUCCUCCUCCUCCUCCCCAACCUCUACAGAAGAGACUCUUGAAGAAGCUAGAAGAAUAAUGGAGAAGUACAAGUAGCAACACCUGCUGAAAGCCAGUGUCAAAUACUAAGGAAUUUGGUAUAAUCAUUCCCCAUAAAUUGUCAAAUAUCAUCACCCUAGUCCUGCUCCCCACCUGGAUAUGAAGUUAAUAUUAGUCAACAUGAUUAAUGUUGCUUCAAAAUCCAUACAAUCUAAGCUGACUGCUUUAUGAUUUUUUGGGGUCACUUGACCGUUCAAGAAUUGCUAUAUGUGCUCGUAUCUUAUCCAAUUGGAAGUUGUAAAUACCAUGAAUUUGAGGAGCACAAGCAUAACGAACACACUGCUCUCUUUGUAAUUAAGAUGCAAAGCUAUAUUUUUCUGGGCCAUACACCAUGACCCAUUUUAUCUGCUGAGGCAAUGUUCCGUAUAUUACAUUUUUGUAAUUAUUUUGAUGUUUGAACUCUAUCCAUUGAUAUGCUUGGUGAAGAUUUAGAUUUAUCUUCAA